GGAGGUGGCAUUAAGAAGAUGGCAUUCACUCGCUUAACAUGCUUGAUAUUCUCCGCUGUAUGUGCUAUCAUAACGAGUCUGGUUUCAGCUCAACUGCUUCUUCGAAGCGCGAGAGGCGAAAUGAAACUGAAAAAUUUUUCCCAUCUUCAUAAACAUCGCUUGAAAGUCGAGCCAAUAGCAACGAUUGAUGUUGACAGAGAAACAAAGUGCUACUUGAGUUGCACCAGAAACGAAGGAUGUUUCUCUUUUAAUGUUAAGCAGAUCUCAGCGAGUAAUUUUCAAUGUGAACUACUAAACACAAGUAAAUAUCGGGACGACAAGAAUCUAACACAAGACAAUAGUUUUACACACUUCUUUUUACAGGAUCCCUGUGUCCCAAAUCCAUGCAGACUUGUGGCCUGCGAGCCAGACAGAGAAGCGGUGUUCAAAUGUCAUUGUCCAAUAUUCAUGCGUGGCAAGAAAUGUGAUAUAUGUGUUCCGAGUCACAACUUUGCUUUGGGUAAGCCAACAGCUCAAAGUUCAACGUGGAGUGGUGGCGGGUACGCCCAUCAUGCUGUGGAUGGAAACAGGAAUACCAUCAUGGUUUACAACGGUGCGGCUCAGUGUGUUCACACACUAGGAGGGAAUCGUGAAUGGUGGAGAGUUGAUUUUGGUGAAACAAUCCCAGUAGCACGAGUGGCAAUCACUAACCGCGGUGACUGUUGUUGGGAUCGGAUGAGAGAUUUUGAAAUUAAGGUUGGAGAUAGUUUGAUUAAUAAUGGGCUGGUAAAUCCAAAGUGCGGUGACAGGCACUCGAUUGGUAUUGGAACGACGAGUAUAACAUGCACACCAAUCAUGCAUGGUCGAUAUUUGACUAUUCAAUCCCAGAUUAGUGAAGAUUUAAACUUUUGUGAGGUUGAAGUUUACUGUUCAGACAUUUCAUGAUCUGAUAAGCAUUGGCUAAUAUAAGAAUUUCUAUAUUAACAAUAUAAUUUGACAUUUCUGAGCUGUCAUUCCCACUGUAUUAACACAUAAAAUGUUGAUUUCUCAAAGCACAAACUUCAAACUUGUAAUGUACCAUAAAAGAAUAAGCAAGAAUUUAGCACUGGGUUAAUGCACUAGCUGUCCAAUAAAAAACAUUCUCAUUUGCAAUUGCAGGUUUGUACCUAGAACUUUUGCACUUAUGCGCAGUGUAUUUAUUCAUGCUGUUUUAAUAAAAUAGAAUCC